AUGAUAUGGUUACCGCAGGAGGACGUAUUUUCCUUUGCUGUUCAGUUUCGAAGUGACAUUGAUCGACUGCUGGACGGGAGUAUCUACCCUACAAAAAGAAAGCUACUCAGCUUGGUGAUGAGGAUUUUCGAUCCGCUCGGAAUGGUGACGACCUUCGUUAUUCAUGGCAAAGUUUUGGUGCAGAACGUAUGGAGAGCAAACACCGACUGGCAUGAAAACAUAUCUGAUGACAUCUUUCCGGCAUGGCAACUAUGGGUUCGAUCGCUACGUGAUCUUAAACAAAUACGUAUUGAUCGUUGCUAUUUUCCGGGCUAUAAUCCAAUGGCACUUGAAACCUUGGAACUGCAUAUAUUUGUGGAUGCCAGUAUAGCAGCUUAUGCCGCUGUUUCCUAUUUUCGUAUUGUCGACAGUGGCACCAUUCGCUGCAGCCUUGUAUCAUCGAAAACCAAAGUUGCGCCGCUCAAACAACUUUCCGUGCCUAGACUGGAACUACAAGCCGCAGUGCUUGGGACGAGGUUGAUGAAGUCCAUCACCAACAGCCAUACUAUCUCUAUCAGCCGAAAAAUAUUCUGGAGUGACUCCAACACUGUGCUUUCCUGGAUACGGUCUGACCAGCGAAGAUUUCAUCAGUUUGUGGCGUUCAGGAUUGGCGAAAUUCAGGAAGACACCGAUGUUUCAGAGUGGAGAAAGGUGCCAUCGGCUUGGAACGUAGCGGAUGAGGCAACGAAGUGGGGAAAUGGUCCGAAAGCGUCUAAAAGAAGCAGGUGGGUGCAAGGACCAGAAUUCCUCUACAAAGAUGAAUCAGAGUGGCCCGAACAAAACAAAAACUGGACUACCGAUGAAGAAACGCGAGCAUCACUUUACGUUCACCAACAGAAUGAGUCACAAGAAACUAUACGUUUUAGGCGCUUCUCCAAAUGGGGAAGAUUAGUGCGUGCCGUAGGAUACGUUCUGCGAUUUUGCAGCAAUCUUCAUAAGGCAGUCAACAGAGAACACUUGCCAGUUUCCAGAAUUCUCAGUAGUGAUGAGUUGCAGAAAGCAGAAUGGACCAUACUCCGCUUGGUCCAGCGUGAAGCGUUUCCUAGCGAAUACUUGUUGCUGAAAUCAAACCAACAGGCUCCAACCGGUGAAUCGAAAGUGUUAGACAAAACUAGUAAGAUCUACAAGUUGUGCCCCUUCAUUGGAGCUGAUGGUGUCAUACGAAAGGAUGGUCGAAUUGGUGCAGCCCCCUGGUUAGCAAGCGAUGUAAAAUUCCCUGUGAUUCUGCCCAAAGGGCACUACGUUACGGCGUUGAUCAUCGACGAAGUUCAUCGCAAGUUUGGCCAUGCCAAUAAUGAGACGAUCGUCAAUGAAGUGAGGCAGAAAUACCACGUGUCCACUCUUAGAGCUCUGGUGAAGAAAGUAGCAAGAAAUUGUCAACUGUGCAAAGUGAAAAAAGCUGUUCCACAGGCUCCACGAAUGAGUUCACUCCCGGAGGCGCGACUUGCGCCAUACGUGAAGCCAUUCACUUAUACUGGCCUUGACUAUUUUGGACCACUGACGGUGAGAAUCGGCCGAGCUAAGGUCAAACGGUGGGUGGCGCUGUUCACCUGCCUCACCAUGGAGGUGGGUCACCUGGAGGUGGCAUUCACUCUUGCCACAUAA